CGGCGUUCGGGAUAGGGGGCUAUAGUACCUUCAUGCAUGGCCCAUAAAGGAUUCGUCGACUAUCCGAGAAGUACGCAAGAAACGGCUUCUAACACCUGACAGGGGCCACGCUCUUCUCUUCUCUCUCCUCGUGCCGUCGCCGGGUUCACCGUCGCCCAAUUUCCGAGCUGGGACCACGAUUGGGUGGGCCCGGUGAGAAGAAGGACCCGCCGCUUUAUCGCCGAUUCUUAUUCCGAUACGGAUGGAUUCGUAAUCGGAAGGCGCGAUUACGUCGAAGCACAGGAUUCAAAUUUCGAACGCGAAGAUCCCGCGGAUUCCGCGCGGUACCGAAUCCCGUGAUCGAGAGGAGGGACAUGUCAUUUGCCAUCGCGGAUGGUCGGUGAUUCGUGGUCAGUCGUCCCCGGUGACCGCAUCCCGCCGCGUUCGGUAUUGUUGUUGUGAUAAUGUGCUGAGUUGCGUAAGUGGCAGUAAAAGUGGACGUUGAUAGCUGAUAGGGAAAGCGAUAGUGGACCCGGAAAGCAAUAAAGCACAACGGAGAGGAUUUCCAGGCGGGCGGCAAGGAAAGUGCGCGCGUUCUCCGAGCGAGAGAGAAGCGUUCUCCUGUCAAAUUUCUCAAGAGAUCCGAGUGUUCUCGUGAUCCGUGCGAAACACGGAUUACGCGCGAUGAGGCAGCAGCCGGUGGACGUGUCGCCACGGUGUCGGUGUUGAGACACUCGUCCCGGUCGUCCAGCCCGGGCGUGUCUUCGGCAUCAGGUCCACAUCGGCACCGACAGGCGAUAUGAGUACGAAAUUCAUAAUUGAUAGUAUGCUACCUGCUAAGUACCAACAAUUCCACCCUCAACAGUUAUUCUCAAGCGCUCCAGGUACCAUUCAGGCGUGCACGACGAGUCCGGCCACCGCGAGCCUAGAAUCAAGUUUAUCCGCGGCUGCAGUGGCGGCCGCGGCAGUCAAUUACGCACAGCAGCACAAUUCGCCGAGCCCGACGGGUUCGAGUCCCCAGCACUCGGGAAGUUCCGCUUCUACGUCACCGGCGGCACGUACAUCCAGCAUGUAUCCAUACGUGUCCGCCGCAGCGGCGCAUCAUCAUCAUCAGCAACAGCAAGCGGUCGCGGCCGCCGCAUUCGGCACGUCCAGCAUGGUGCCCGGUUUCGGCUCCACGGCGGCAUCCAGCGCUGCUUUGGCCGCCGCCGCCGCCGUGGACGCCGCGACCGCCGGCGACAAAUCCUGCCGUUAUACAGCUAGUCUGACCGGCAAUGUGGCACCUGCAUCCGCCGACCCUAUGGUUAACUAUACUCUAGGCCACCAUCAUCAAAACGGCGCUACGCCCGGUAGCCUCGUCUCAUCCGCGUCCGCAUCCUCGGCCGUGUCGGCCGCCUCGGCAUCCAUGGCAGCGGCGGCACAAUUCUACCAUCAAGCGGCUGCCGCAUCGGCCGUUGUCGAUCCUUUGACGUCCUGCCAACAACCCACCACCGGUCAACCUGGGAUCUCGGAUAUACCUCGGUAUCCAUGGAUGUCUAUUACCGAUUGGAUGAGUCCAUUUGACAGAGUGGUGUGCGGUCCAAAUGGCUGCCCGAGGCGCAGAGGUCGGCAAACGUACACGCGGUUCCAAACACUGGAAUUAGAAAAAGAAUUUCACUUUAAUCACUAUCUGACGCGACGACGGCGAAUAGAGAUCGCGCAUGCACUCUGCCUGACGGAACGACAGAUCAAGAUCUGGUUCCAGAAUCGGCGAAUGAAGCUGAAAAAGGAGUUGAGGGCAGUCAAAGAGAUCAACGAGCAAGCCAGACGCGAGCGCGAGGAGCAAGAUAUGAUGAAGAAACAGCAGGCGGAGAAACAGGCCAAGUUACAGCAGGAGCAGCAGAGCGCCGCCCUUCAGCAUCAGCAGCAGCAUCACGUAAGCGGCCUGGAAAAAACGCAAAGCGAUCUUCUGAAGGCAGUCAGUAAGGUACCCACAUAGGAUACCUUACUGAGCCGACUCUCUUUCUUUUAAGGAAGACACAAGAGACUGGAGCGGCCUGGACGAAGACUCCGAAGCGAAGUAGUUGGUAAGGUCGAUCACGUAGAAGAUCCUGAGUUCUCUUCCUCUCAUCUUCGCACGCGAGAAACAGGUACGAAACAUCUGAUGCAAAGAUUUUUGCGAUCUUCCUCGAGUCGGUGAGCCGGUAGAGCUCGCAAGUAAAGAACCUUGCGGAUCCAUGCGGUCAUCGGUCUUUCUUCUUUUUUUUUAUCAAGAGGGGAAGAUAGCGAGGAUUUAGGAAGCCUGGAAGAUACACAGAGCGCGAUCUUCUCUGAGCGACCGAGAAAAAAAGAUACGACGAAUGCCUUGCUGAGUCGGUUCUCUCUUUUGUUUUUUUAAGCAAGAAAGAAAAAAAAAUAAGUAGAUGUUACGAUAGUAAAAGAAAACUCGAAGCAUAGAGAAUGAACGCACCCCACCCCAGCUACGUACUUACUUGGCUAGCCUCCGAAAGGGCGACAUGCGAAACUCGCCUCGCACGGGGCUCAGCCUGUGACUGAUUCCUAGAACGUAUAAUGUAUAUUGUUAAUCGGGUGCUACACACAAUGAGCCAUCGCGAUUAUCAAGCGAUGAACGUACGAAUUGGCGCGAUACUGCCAUGGAGAGCCAAUAAUUACGUCGAGGCGGUGAGUAGACUAGUUAAAACGGGCCGAAACUGAAGGAUUUAUGGUCGUAUGGGCCGACGGAAUCAUUAACGACGACAUUUCGAUUUAAUUGAUCGAAACCUGAGGAAAGGGUGUAAUUAAAUCAAACUGCACAAGCGAACCGGCAUUCAAUCGCAAGAAAUCGGCGAGCGAGAUAAGAAUUUAGCUAAUCUUCGAUUCAUCACUUACGUUGUACGUACGAGUUUUCGUUGAUUAGCUAGAUAAAUCCCUCGUAGGAUGUAUCAUCGUUCCGGAGGAAAAACUGACGCGGAAACGAUUUCAUUAUUUUCGACGUUGAAAAGUUUUUUAUCUUCAACGACACGCGAAUGCUUCCUUCGUACGAUCACUAUGCAAAAUUUAGAAGAGGCGUAAAAUUCGUUGGAACAACGAAUGUGUCUCUCGCGCGAUUGCGGACUUCCAACAUAAUUCCGAUACUUCUUCUAGAUAUCGGUCAAUAAUUAUAUAAACAACGGGCGUACACGACUAUUUUCCCCUACGUCGCUUUUUUUCAAUGAAGAAAAUUUAAUUCGCGCAUCCACUUUUUAAACGAAUUAAAUAAUUAAGUGUUAUUUAUGUCGAUUUUAUGUGUUGAAAUUUUAAUUAGCCAUCGAACAAACAGAUUAGUCAAGUUUUAUCUACAUAUGGGUUUUAUAAAGAAAAUGGUAUCUUGCUUGGAGAUUAAGAUCUGAUUUUACAGUACCGCAUAUAUAAUGUGCAUAUAUAUGUGUUAUAAAAUAACUUUUUCCACGAGAACAGCUCUUUUGGUACGCGUGGUCUCGCACAAAAAAAAACCUAUACUCACGGAUAUAGGAAAAACAUAUUGUUUAUGUUUUUCAACUAUUCCGAUACGUCAAUUCAGGCAAAUUGCAGGAAAUAAAACUUUUUGUUAAUAAUAUAGUAAAUUAUUUUAGACACAAUAAAAAAAAUUAGGGUAUUUAUUUUUUUACCAACGUGAGUAAAAAUAGUAUCCUAUCGUGAGCAAUAAGGUAUCGUUGGAUUCGCGAAUUUUGUCGAGGAAUUUAAGAAAUAUGAAUGUUGUAAUGGAAAGACAUAAACGAUAUUCAGACAUUGACGAACGUGGUAACGUGCCGUGAGUAUAUAAAACAUUGGUUUUCUUAAGAAUAUAUCUUUCUGAACGUUGUUUCUUGAAAGCGUGAUAUAGAUGGUAAAUAACUGUACAAUACGCUUGGCAAUCGCAUACGCUUGUCAAGUUUCUGACAAAAAUAAUUGUCUCGAUUAUCCUGCCGUGUCGAAACAAGAGAAAAUUAAACAUACACAACAAGUACACACGACAUGCAGUUAAUCUAUUUCUUUCGAGGAAAUGUUUUAAUCGUUAAUCUAAGGUUGGGAUAAAAAUGUUUCACACAUGCUAAAUUCCAUAACGUUUCCAUUUCUAUAUAACGCUCAAUCAAGAUUGUUUAAGACUUACAAUUUGCGCAUCAAAAAAAUUUUUUUAUUUGAUUCUUUUCCAUCGUAUAUUGAAGAUUAACAUAUACGUAAAUGUUUGCAAAUAUAUAUUAAUUUUGAUGAAAACGAGCAACAAAUGCGGGAGAAAGUGAGCAUACACAUGAAUGCACGCUCUCGUAUAUACGUACGAGAAACACGAACCACACAUUACCGGACGAAUAUCUCAUUCUUAGUACAUUAAAUACGUAAUUUGGUGUCAGGGUAGACUUUUCCAUAGAUAUAGAACCCGUUGUUGGUAUUACUUACUUAGAGUUCGUAAAAAAGAGGAAAAGAUAAACAUGAAAGAAAUAACCGAUAUAUAAAUUAUUGCCUAAUUAUUUUUUUCUCCUCCAUGUUAGUGCGAUCGAUGCAUGGGUCUUAAUUCCUUAUAAUCUUGAACAAACUUUAUUCGAAGUAUAUAGUUAUUCUUUUUUUUAAUAGCUAUAAAUCGAAAAUAAACAUAUUGUUGUUUAAUGCUGAGCAACGCAAUGUGUUUAUUUUUCAUUGAUUUUAUAAUUAUCAUAUAAAAGAAAAUAGAAAAAUAAAUUAUGUUUAAGAAAUAAUUAAAAUUAUUUGUUAAAAGAAUAAGAUUUUUUAAUCUGAAUGGAAAAUACGUAAAUAUCUGGCAACAGUCACACAUUUUUAGAUUAAGAUGAGGACCUAUUGCAUGGAUCGUUUCUAAUAACUAAUAAUGACGUAAAAUGAUAUUGUACACAAUACCAUAUUAUAUAUUAUUAAAAGUAAUAAGUAUAUAUUAUAUAUAAAUAUAUAUAUAUAUGGACAAAAGAAGAUAAAAAUCUAUUGUAUCGCGCAUCAAGGUAGAAUUUUUUCUGAUGCGGUAAGACCUUAGGAUACAUUUAAACAAGUACGUAAACUGAGGGGAAAAAAUACCUUGUUAAUUUAAUUGAAUGAGAAAAAUAGCAUAAUAACGGCGAGCAGCUCCAAAUAGACGUCCGUAAUCAAAGCAAAAAGAAGCAUACCUAAAGAAAUUGAAGGGGAAAAAAACGUAUUCGUAUUAAUACUCUACCGCUAAUUUUAUCUAAAGUAAAAAAGUAAUGCUAUAAAUAAUAUUCCCAUACGUAAUGUAAUGAUUAAGCUGCGCGUAUGAGUCCGCACGUACGAUGUACUCACGUAUCUCCUCACAUAGCGAAGUACCUACUUACAUACCGUAAUCAUAAUAGUGUUUUAACAUGUAAUGUGCAAAAUGAAAAAAGAAUGAAGUAGAACAUAAUAUAUGCGUGUGUAAGAUUAAACAGUUUUGCAGAAAUUAGGUUUCAGCAAGGUAGCGAGAGCACUCGCAGAAAUAUGGUCGCUUUUAGGGAUGUUACAAGCACUCAGCGUAGCUGAUUGAAAUAUUCACGGAAUAUUCCUUAAACUAUUAUUCUAAUUCAAAAAAUAAUACAGCCUCCUAAGGAGCUGUAUAAUAAUGAUAUGUCAGAAAUAAUAAUUAGUCAUUAAUGAUUAAUGUAAAUGUUAAUCAUAUUUAUUUAAUUAAAUUUACAAAUUUAUAAGUAAUGUGUUAAAUCAAUAAGAAUUCGAUUCAUUUUUAAUUAUAUUUUUACAUUAGCUUGAUCUGCAAGAUCUUAAUUUCGCGAUAUUAAAUGUUUAAUUACAAUUACAAAAGUAAAGGUGAAUUUUACUUUUUGAAAUAUUUUUAUUUAAGUAAAAUCAGAUUUUCUUGACCAAAAAUAUCUUUUUAUUGUACAGCAAUAUAACCAGCACAUGUCGAACCAUAUUUCGUGCUUGUGCUCGACUUACGCAUAUAAAAAUACAAAAGCAUUAUGGAACAACACAACACAUAUUUGUAUAUCGGUUCCACUCCACGUAAUCUGUUGUCGUGUUAAGAGUACACAACGUAAUUAUUGUAUAUUUCGUGGCCGUAGUCCAAGGAUCUUUCGGUUGUUCUGUCGGAAUGUCAAGAAAAAAAAAAGAGAAGUACGAUCGCGCCUGAACAUACUCCGGCUCAUUGUAUACGGAACAAAAAAAGGAGUAAUAUCGUGGAAUCGAAAAACGAGAGGGAUGCGCACGGUGAUGCGAUUAGCCCCGAGAAUCGGUGUAUCUAUUUGUAGAAAAGUUUUAUAAACAUGACUCUAUUUACGAGCUAUUAUUAUUAUUAUUAUUAUUAUAUUAUUAUCAUUAUCAUCAUCAUCACUAUUAAUUAUUUUUAUUUUGUUUUAAAAAUUUACCCGUCAGGUCCACCGUGUAGCUUUCGAAUCUACAAGGCGGACGUGCGAGCAUUAGUUUUAUUAUAUUAUUAUUAAAUAUGAGUUAUUAUCAUUAUUAUUGCUUAGUUAUGUUUUUGAUGUUAUUGCUACAGACACCAUUAAUUAUUAAGUGACAUGGCAGCAGCAAGUACUGCGACGAUGGCGGCGCCGAUACGUCCGACAAAUUAGAGAUAUACGUAAUGCGUAAUAAUAAUUAUUAUUAAACUUAGUCCGAAGAGUUUGUACAGUAUGGGGCGAUGAGAUUUAUGGCGGCCGUGUUAGUUUCUAUUUACGAUAUAUAUUAAGUCCUUAAUUCUAGCGAGGCGGUGUAUGGCGAAUAAAGGGGAUGGCAUCGACGUACGGAGUCGCGUCGAUUUUUUUGCGCGCAUACGUCAGACAUCGACCAUAGUGUUGGACUUGAGAAAUGGAUCGACAAUGAGGAUUAGUGAUUUUUCUUCUAUACGCCAUUACGCAUUUCUCUUUUAGAAAGUCUCGAAUCAACUAUCUUGUCUUAAUCAGUUAUUGGGUAACUGCAUUACUUUAUUUGAGGAAAAGUUUCAGAAAAUUUCAUUCGAACGUAGCUCGAUUAUGACAUUGUUGAUGUGGAAUUUUUAUAAAAACCGUUAAUUUUUUACUCUUACAGUGAGUAUACGAGUAAAUUAAAAAAAAAAAAGAUCGACUUGUUUGAAAAUUGGCAUUACAGGUACAUAAGAGAUGUACUCUUAAGAAAGUAUACUGUCACGGAUUUAAUUCGUGAUUUUCUGAAUUAUGCGAAUUACGUCUGCAUCUGAUGUUAUCCUAAUCAAUGAGAUCCCUUCUCGAAUCUUUCGCAUAGGUCGGAAGAGUGUAGAGAUAUAAGGCGGAAAUUUUAGAGUAAAAAUUGUGCGGGCGCCGUCCACAUAUGAAGGCUUUUCUCUUGGCUUAUAUCUAAGCUAGCUGCAGCAACUCUCUAUAUGGUUAUAGAAUAUUAUUCCAAAUAACUGACGCGUAAUCAUAUCAUAUAACGUUCAUAAUGCUUCCCCAUCCUCUUCUCUUUUCUCCUUAUUCCCUCAAUUUCUCCCUAUCCCCCUCCCUCCUUCUCCCUCUUUUCCCUUCCGCGCUUCUACCUCUCUGUCAUUUAUAUACUCGCUCUAAUCUUACCAUUAUCGUAGAUGUGUACUAUAUCGAAUUGAUAGUACCGAUUAGUAUAGUUACUGAAACGUUAAAGGAAAAAGGAAACACAUAAUAUGUUAGUAGUACAACAUUGCCCGACUUGCCAAACUCGCGUACACGUCUUUCUUGAAUUCGCGUGGCCACAUGGCCGGUUCUUCGACGUUAAAGCAAAAAAUAUUUAUUGAAGCAAAUCCCCCUUCUCCUGUCUCUACUUCCCAAUCCCCGCGCGAGGACUUCUCUUAUCCGAAUUAAUAAAUAUAGAACGAACACUAGAGUGUGGCUCAAACAUUGGUUAAACGAUGUAGUAACAUUUAAUGUGCGCGUAUGAAUAGUGAAAGAGAUUUGCUUGAAUAAAAAGGAUUGCAUGGACACGAAUGUGAAAGUAAUGAUUGAACAAGAUGAGUGAGAGAGAGAGAGAGAGAGAGAGAGAGAGAGCGUGUGCGCGCGUGUAUGUAUAUGUAUGUGCGUAAGAAAGAGAGAAAGACCGAGAGCGUGAAAUAUUCAGCGUAAAUCACAUCGUAUUAUUUUAAGCAAAUGCGAAUCUAUUGGCAAAAUUGAAAUUAAUUAUACCUAUUCUUCGCGAUAAGCGCCACGUAUAUUGAUUAAAAGAAGGGAAAAAAAGUAUUUAUGAAACAAGUAGAACAAGCCGAAUCCGUCUGGCGGAACGUAGGAUUGAUACGGAAAAAAUUGUUUGUUAUAUUUUCUUUAUCUAUAGAUGUCAUUGUUUAUUUAUGAGCUGUUUAUUUUACGUAUUUUUUCGUAUAUUUGUUUUUGUUAAUGUGAAAAGAGAACGGUACUGAUGAAUUUUUUUUUUUAAUGAUAGCAUAGUGUGAAUAUUUGCUUAUUGUCUCUAUUGUUUCGAUGUGUAUUUUUUAUAUAGAUUAUAUUAUGUAGAUCUUCUUAAUGCUCUGUACACGAGAAGAUGAUGAUGCCGUUGCGUACCGCAAUUCCGAAGCUUAACAGGCACUAACGACCUUGUUUGAAUAUCUCGCGAAUGCCGAAAAAGAAAACUAAUUCUAGUUUUCUUUUUUGGCAAGCACAACGCUGAUGAUUGGUACGGAACAAUCUCGUCCUUCGCGCAACUGGUUGUAUUAUACUUAUUGCAUUUGUCCAUUCGACCUGUAUGUAACUAGUGUAAACGUGUGUCCGGCUAGCGUGAGCACAAAUCUGGGCACUUGAGGUUGGAAUCGACUGUGAGUAUGCAAAAAUUAACUGUUGAACUGAUAUUGCUAUUUGGGAUCUAAAUAACAUCAAACGAUGUUGAACAUGUUUAAAAAUGUUUCUAUUCAUUCGCAAGAAUGUGUUGAUUGUCUUUGUUGUUAUUUUUGGUGAUUGUUUGCCGUUGACGUUGCUCACAACUGAUUCCGUAAAGUGAUAAGCAGUUUUUAUAUACACAUUAAAUGUUAUUUUUUGUUGUGGCAGCUUUUUUACGUCUCCAUUUUUUUUAAUGAUCUUCCUAUGACAGCGCGUCCCGCAUACAUAUAAAUAUAAUUUCCUUGAUCUUUCGCGCUUGUUAUAACCUGGCGAAACUUGGAGAAAUCCAAUACAAAAAUGCUCUUCAUUGUUCGUCCUGACAGAGCAAAGGAUCUUCUCACAUUUUUUGUUGUUGUUGAAAGCCGUGCGUGAAAAAUUUACGCAGGAACGUGUGUCACGAUGACAUUUCGUUACUUCUCCUCUGUCACCGAACGCUUUGAUUAAAGAAAAAUUUCUUGAAAUUGUUGACACAAAUUCAAGAGUUAUGUCUAACGGACACUAGUUCUGCCCCGAUUGUUUGAUCAAAUGUUAUUUAUUGUUUAAAUAUGAUGACGAUAUUGUACUUUGUACAAUGAAAGCAACAAGACCGGGCCUGUGCACAUUUUUAUCAAUGUUGAUGAAAAUGGAAUUAUAGAAAUAUAUUCAUUUCCGAGAUUCUCCGCAAUUUCUUUGCUCAAAGUUAAAGCCCAUUCAGUGCAGUCUGUUUCUGUUCUUUCGUGAUGUCACACAAUAAUACUACGAAACUGCGUAAGCGAGAGAAGUUAAUUGUUAAUUCUAAUUUAACUUUCUUCUUUUCGCUUAUGUUCUCUCAUAUACACUUGCUGAAAUGAUCCAAGUGCAGAAUUUAAUCUUUUAAUCGUUAAUUUUGUGUCUAUCGAAUGGAUGGAAAGCCGUACAUUAUUUCAACAAAUUUCUCGAUGUAAAUAUUAAACACCACCAUAACGUUAACAUCGCCUAAUGAAUGAAGAGCCGCAAAGGAAAAUUAAUUAAGACGAAUGAAUCCGCGGGUCUUAACGUAUCGAUGAUACCCAAUUAACGUAAUAAUGUAACGAUAAGCGAGCGUAGCUGUCCUUCAAUACUUACCUACCUACCUACCACGUUAAGUAAUAGGAGUAAACGGAAUAAUGGAGUCUCAUGUCUUUUGACUAUUAAUGAUUAGUAUUAUACCGUACGACGAGAGCUGGUGACGAGAUUGACGACGAUGAUGAUAACGAUGAUGAUGGCGAGUGAGGUGGUAAUUCAUUGACAAUGAAUGUAAAUGUAUCCAUUUUCAAAACUUGAUGUAGAAUUAUAUUCGUAAGCUAUCUAUGAUAUUACAAACGAAAUAAAAACAUAUAGUAAAUUA